CAAGAGGUAUAAAGUCUUCGCAAUUCUUUCAAAAGUGUUCUUGAAAUUCUCUCACCUUUUUGCUCCACCCCAACACAUUGAUCAUCCGCGUCAUAACAGAAACCAUGCCAGACUCCACAUCAUUAACGAAGCCUACUGCUGAGGACGACAGACAGAAGAUCACCUCGAUGACGCCACCUGUCGACCUUGCCUUUCUCAUCCCAUCCCAGGUUGAGAUGGAUCCAAGUUCAGAUAAGAGCUAUUACGACUGCAGGUAUCUCGAGCCCACAAGAACGACAUCUAGAGAAAUGCAAGAUCUUGUCCACAGAGAAUUGAGAGUCAUAUUCUUCGAAGAUUCCGCCAGAUAUAUGCGCCUUAAUGAUAGUUCACAAUUCAAGGUUGGAUGGCGUGUAGAUCAUAACAUGACAACAAUCAACACACUACGCCUGACAGAGCCUGGAGUCGAUAUCAGGUGCCUGAGUGACUAUCUGAACAAAGAAGUAAUGGUCUAUUUCGAAUACAAGUCAGUCGACACUUUCGAAAGCCAGAAGAUCGCCCGGUACAUCUACCGAGAGUGGUUACGGCUUCAUGACGGCCGGCCAUUCUUCCAGCGCGGUGGCUUCUUUGGCAAACCUGCAUAUCUGCAAGAGACUGGCCCUCAAGGUCUGGAACAGCUGUCGGCCUUCCAUCACGACCUCUCCCAGAAUCUAUCGACUCAUGCGGAGGACUUGGUGGAGUUCAAGCCUUGGAGAAACUUCAGCUCCAAAUACCCAGGAGAGGAGCCACCUAAGGAUGAAGUCCCAGGAAAGAUACAAUCUUGGCGAGAGCAUGGUUAUGCCAUGUGCCAUCUGUUUCGCUCUUUAUAUCUGGUUGUUGACAAGCAAUCGUUGCCAGAGAUUACAGUCCAAUACCAUAACCCAAGAGGGUUGAAAGGUUAUGACAGGAUUCAUGACAUGGAACGCCCCGUGGAGAGAGAGCUAGCCCAGUGCACAGUUCUCCUCGUUAAAACAGGGGAUGAUGCACAUCUUUCUUCACCUAUCAGUUUUCACCCGCUAUUCGAGGCAGGCCUGGCAUCGAAUGUCAACCGUGACGACUACAGUGGCGGGUCUGGAGACGAAGAAACAGUCGUUCGAGUGAAUCUCAACAUCGCGGUUCGCUUUAUAUGGGAUUUGCUGCAAAAGGAGAAGGAAUCCGCGGAAGAACUCAUGCAGCGAGCGCAAAAGUUGGAAGAGGAACAAGAUUCUCUGUUUCAGGCCUGGCUUGAAGAGGUUUUCGCUCAUUCAAAUCAAGUUGGCAUGGAUAAUAAUUUUCACAUGUGGCUAGCUUCUCGUCGUGCCAUUGCAAGAGUCAAUGGAGAGGCUUUUGGAGAUACCCAGGUUUACCCAGUUUGGGAGCGAUUAAGGCAAUGGGAUUUAUAAAGGAGCUAUGCCAGUGGCACCCUGCUUGUUAGGCAUAGAACCUUCUGUAAGUAUUCUGUAUUUGUUGUACAAAGCUCAGAUUAGUCACAACGAGCAUUCCAGCUUUGAUUAAAAGAGCCUUGUUUUGUUCAAUUGAAGGUGGCGGUCGGAUUGAC